AUGGAGAAGGACGAUCUCGUCCGCCUCGAGACAGUCAUGUCCAAUGAGGAGAAUCUCAAGGGUGACCACAUGAACUACGAGCGUGUGGACAAAGAACUUGCCAAAUACACAGCUGGCGAGCGCAUCGAGAUCUCAGAAGCAGACGACAAGCGUCUCAAGAAGAUGAUUGAUCGUCGUGUUCUGGUUGUCAUGAUCUUGACCUAUUUUCUCCAAGCGCUUGACAAAGGAACUAUGAGCUUUACCAGUAUCAUGGGUAUUCAGGAGGACUUGCAUUUGAAGGAUAAGUUCUCCUGGUUGACAACUUGUAUCUACAUCGCGGUCCUAUUUGUCGAGUAUCCAACCAACUGGAUCAUCCAACGCGUGCCAAUCGCCAAGUAUCUCUCAGCCAACAUCAUCCUUUGGGGUAUGGUUCUCGCACUCCAUGCAGCAGCGAAAAGUUUUACUACUCUCCUGGUUUGCCGUACCUUCCUGGGUAUCUUCGAGGCGGUUUGCCAGCCUGCUUUCCUGAUCAUGUCAUCCCUUUGGUAUAAGAGAGAAGAGCAAGCUCAAACUGUCACGUAUUGGUACAUCAUGAAUGGUGCUCAGCAGAUCGUCGGUGGUCUAUUGGCUUACUGCUUCUCUUUGCUUGGCAAUAACAGAGCUGUCAAGUCGUAUGAGGCUAUCUUCAUUACUUACGGGUCCGCCUCUGUACUCUGGGGUGUGUUUGUGCUUUUCUGGUUGCCUGACUCACCUAUGCGUGCCAAGUGCUUCUCUGAGGAAGACAAGAAACUCAUGGUCGAAAGAGUCCGCUCCAACCAGACCGGCAUCCAGAACAAAAAGUUUCGUCCCGAGCAACUCAAGGAAGCCCUCACAGAUCCUCAAAUGUACUGUUACAUGUUGAUUCAAAUCUGCACCACACUGCCCACUAGCGGUCUUGGUGCUUUCGCCAACAUUAUUGUCAAAGGCUUCCACUUCACAACUCUACAAACACAACUCUUGGCUAUGGUACUUGGUGCCUACAUCGUUAUUGUUUUGCUCUCCUCAACCUGGCUAGUCAAGAAAACAGGCCAAAACCUACUCGUUAUGGGCGGCUACGUGAUCCCCUGUUUCGCUGGCACAAUCGUGCUCAUGACUGUCAAAAACACGGAUACAGCUACCCAAGCAGGACUGUUGUUUUCAUAUUACAUCGUCCUUUCCUUCUGGGCAGCCCAAACCUUAGCGAUGUCAAUGCUGUCGCGCAACAUCGGCGGCCAAACCAAAAAAUCCAUUGUCGUGGCUGCGAACUUUGCCGCUUGGGCUGCCGGCAAUGCGAUUGGACCUCAAGUGUUUUUGGCUUAUGAUGCACCUCGCUAUUUUAUUGCUUUUGCUACGCACAUGGGGUGUUAUGUUUUGCUUGUUAUUGUGAUUGUGUUUUUGAGAUGGUGGUUGAAGAGAUGCAAUGAUAGAAAAGAUGCUUUGGCUGCUGCGGGCGUUGGAGAGGCGAGGGAUGAGGCUUAUACGCAUGCAUUUGAUGAUUUGACCGAUAGGGAGAAUCCCAACUUCCGCUAUGUCUACUAG